GGUCAAACCAGUCCCCGAGGGGUGAGGGCCAAGGGGCAUGAUGACGUCACGACCGCGGCGAGCACUCACCGCGCAUACCACACACGGCUCUCGACUACCGUCUCAUAUGUACAUACCUACACAUACCUAAACCUUUGUAAAAAGAGAAUUAAAAUAAGUUAACGUGAAGCAGGAGUUUUCUUGAAGAGUCAACCCCUCAGCUGAGCUGUUCGUCAAUAACAGCUCCGACAAGUGGCGACCGUGAACAGGACCUGGUACCAAAGUCCACAUUCCAUUCUAACGGGACAUCGACGGGCGAGCGGAAUAUUCCAUACGGAUUGCAACAAUUGCACCUGCAUCCAGAGAUCGUCAUCGCAAUUAUUCAGGAAAGUAGCCCAUCCUAUAUUUUCCUCAACACCUGUGAUCCACCCAUUCCCCUUAAUUUUUGUGAAUAUAGUGCUCAGCCUCAGCUUUGUCUAGACCUUGAAGUGCUCAUAAUUCGUGAUAAAAUAUUAAUUAAUCAGUGCUAUAGCUAUUAAAAUCGCUGCUUAUUCGUUCCUGUGCAUAAAGUUAAGGAUAGCCUACUUGCAUUCAUGAACUACGUAAAUUGCAAACAUUAAAUAGGUGUAUCUACUCAGUGCGAUAAGCGGCGUCCAUUUUGUGUUGCAUCAGCUUUGCAUAGCAACAGCAUUUAUUCGGCUUAAUUCUUAUAAAAUUUAAUCUUUCUUCUUCACUUCAUAUCUUGCUUUAAGCUAUUUUUAUUUAGUUAAUAAAUUUAUAACAAAUUAUUGCUUUAAUACAAUUUCAGUAACCUAAAACCAGAAUAACAAGAACUCCGUUAGGAAUUUCGAUUCAAACUUUAAGAUAUUCCCUAAAUCAGCUGGAAAUUAGUGUGUUCUUUAAAUUCAUACGGUCCUAACCGUGCAUUCCAGUGAUUACGGGGGUUCUGCCCACAUUCCUGUGCCAAGCAGUGCGUGUUGUCGUGCACGUCACGUCACCUACUUCGCUGCAAGUCAACGUGCCAGUGGACCAGUUGUCAAGACUUUUAAUUGGGUUUGAGUGCACAAAUUAUUCUAUCUAAUUGUUUAUUUGCCCUUGAUUAAAUUAGUGUGUUUAGUUUAUAAAUAAAUAACUGAAAAUGUCAGAGGAAGCUUUAAAAGAAUUAGUAAAACAAAGAGGCACUUAUAAGGGUCGUGUAACGAGAUAUAAGGAUUAUCUUUCUAAUAUACAAAAAAUGGAUCGUUCAAACAUAACUUCAUUACAAAUUAAAGAAUUAUCUCUUCGCUUGGCUAGAUUGCAAACGUUAUUUUCGGAAUUUGACUCAAUUCAAACACAGAUUGAAAUGAAUAGUGUUAAGUUAGAUGAACAGAUGGAAGAAAGGGACGCCAUAGAAACGCAGUUCAUUUCUCUCAUCUCAGCCACGCAAGAGAUAAUUGAUUGUCAUCAGAACAAUGAUGACCGUGGUUCCGAAGGUGCACGCACAGCCCAAUCGACUUUCGAAACGGGCCCUGUUAGUAAAAUCCGUUUACCGACCAUUUCGCUGCCGUCUUUUGAUGGAAACUACUUAAAAUGGUUGGAGUUUCGCGACACCUUCGAAGCCAUGAUCCAUGUGAACGAGUCCAUUCCGGACAUAAAUAAAUAUCAUUAUUUACGCUCCUCUCUUGAGGGCAGCGCCAGUGUCGUAAUAAAAUCACUUGAAUUUACAGCUAAAAACUACAAAACGGCAUGGGAAUUACUAUGCGAACGAUUUGAUAAUAAAAAUCUACUUAUAAAUAAUCACAUGAAGGCAUUAUUUAACAUAGAUCAGCAGACUCGAGAGUCUCAUAGGUCAAUUCGAUUUCUUAUUGAUCACGUUACAAAAAACUUAAGCGCCCUUAAAUCUUUAGGCCGCCCGACUGAUUCAUGGGAUGACGUAAUCAUCUACUUAGUCGCGAGUAAACUCGACCCCACUACGUCAAGAAAGUGGGAAGAACAUAAGGCUGAUUUAACAGACUUACCUGCAUUAUCCGAGUUCUUGAAAUUCUUGCGCAGUCGGGCCGAUGUACUCGAAACAAUGGUAGCUUGCAGGAGCGAUAAACCAGCCGAAAAUAAAUACCUACAGCCUAAGGCUAGUAAGGCGUUUGUCGCUGCUGCAACUGCAUCUCGUAAACAACAAACACACUCUAGUAAGGCGCCGCCGACGUGUCCAGUGUGCCACGGCGCGCAUAGGAUCUCGGAGUGUGUCAAGUUCAAGGACAUGAACGUCGAAAGUAGGUCAAGCGAAGCCUUGAAGUUACAUCUUUGCUUGAACUGCUUGAGGCGUGGCCAUAACGUCGAACAAUGCCGGCUCGGUUCGUGUCAGGUCUGUAAGGAAAAACAUAACACAUUAUUACAUAAUUAUAAUAAAUCAUUAUCCUUACAGGCAGAUAAUAAAACAGCUGGUCCGGCGCCCGUCAUUAGCGCGGCCAGCGCGUGCGCCGCUAACGCGUCAGCUGAUCCGGAGAUAUUGUUAUGCACAGCUUUAGUUAAAAUAACGAACGUCAAUAACAACAAAUCUCACAUUGUUCGAGCUAUGUUAGAUCCCGGUUCGCAGAAAUGUUUCUUGACUGAACGCAUGAAAAAUAAGUUAGGAUGUUCUGACAAUAACAAAAAGUCAGCUUGCGUGUACGGCUUAAAUAAAUUAUCAUUUACGGUCUCAGAUCGAUGUGAGCUCACUGUAAGUUCGUUAACGAGUCCUUAUGAAGUUAAUAUUCGUUGUUUCGUGGUGGAGCACCUUAUAGACAGCCUACCUAACAAUUAUGUAGAUACCUCGGAAUUGAACAUACCUGCGGACAUUCAGCUGGCGGAUCCUGGGUUUUAUCGUCCUUCUGAAAUCGAUUUGCUACUUAGUGCUGAAUUUUUCUUCAAUAUCACGACGUCGGAGAAAAUAGAACUUGGACCAAACAAGCCUAUUCUUCAGUCUUCAAAACUAGGCUGGUUGGUCGCGGGGCCCACGGGUGACGUCGAGUCGGAUGAGGACGAGAUUGUGCGUUGUUGCUUUACGAAACAAAUCUCACAAGAUCUCACACGGUUUUGGGAACUUGAAGAAAUUUCAUUACCAAACGUCACUAAUAGCGAGGAGGAUAAUAUUUGCGAAAAACACUUUUUAGAUAAUACGCGGCGUUUAGAUAACGGUCGAUUCUUAGUUAAAAUGCCGUUACGUGAAAAUCCGGAAACCGCACUUGGCGAUAGUUUUAAUAUGGCGAAAAAACGAUUCUUGAACUUAGAAACUAGAUUGGAAAAAAAUCAAGUACUUAAAAAACAGUAUUGCGACUUUAUCAAGGAGUACGAAGAACUAGGUCACUUGAGUAAAAUUGACAAGCCCGACUUCGGUUAUUACGCCCCCCACCACCCAAUUAUUCGUGACAGCGAAACUACAAAAUUGCGGGUAGUUUUUGACUGUAGUGCUAAAUCAAGCACACAAAUAUCCCUUAAUGAUAUACAGCAUAUAGGACCCGUUAUACAGGAUGAAUUAUUCGAUAUCUUGAUUAGGUUUCGCCAACAUAAAUUUGUUUUGUCCGGGGACAUACAAAAAAUGUACCGGCAGAUUGUCUUGGACGAAUCGCAGCGCCAUCUACAAUUAAUCCUUUGGAGGGACGAUAAAACCAAACCGCUUGAUGUACUUAGGCUAAAUACGGUGACUUAUGGUACCAGCUCAGCGCCUUUCUUAAGCGCUAGGUGUAUAGUACAGUUGGCAAAUGAAUGUCCCGACAAAGUAGUGUCAGAAAUAAUUAAACAUGAUUUUUAUUAUGAUGAUUUCCUGAGUGGCGCUGAGAGUGAAAACGAGCUAAGGCACAUUUACGAGAUAGUUAAAGAAACGCUUGCCUCAGCUUGCUUUCCUAUUCACAAAUUUCGAACAAAUUGUCCACAAAUUUUCGAAGAUGACUGUACUUCAACUCAGUCAUUAGAUUUAAAUAAACAAGCCAGCGUCUUAGGCUUAAUUUGGUCUCCUGAUCAUGAUAACCUACAGUUUUCAGUAAAAUUGGACAAAAAUACUUGUGCCAUAACAAAGCGGGUAAUUUUGUCCAAUACUUGCAAAAUAUUUGACCCACUGGGCUUGCUCAGCGCAUGCACAAUAAAGCUAAAAAUAUUACUUCAAAAUUUAUGGAUUCUUAAAUUAUCUUGGGAAGAUGAAGUACCAAUGGACGUAAAAAAAAUCUGGCUUAAAUUUUUAUCAAACGUGCAUGUUCUGGCGAGCCUAAAGGUACCUAGACACGUUUUGUGUUCUAGCCCAACUUCAAUUGAGAUGCAUUGUUUUGUGGAUGCUUCUCAAGCCGCUUAUGCGGCGUGUAUCUACUUGCGGUCGACAGAUGGCGCUGGCAACGUGACUAUUAAUCUUGUAUGUGCCAAAACGCGCGUGGCCCCAAUUAGGGCACUAUUAACGAUCCCAAAACUUGAAUUAUCGGGAGCGCUGCUAGGCGCGCGACUAGCAGCCAAGGUCACCAAUGCAUUGCGCUGUUCUCUGGAUCGCAAGGUUUUCUGGACCGACAGUUCCGUGGCGUUGGGCUGGAUACGCAACAGACCAAAACUAUUUAAGGCUUUUGUAUCGAAUCGUGUUAAUGAUAUACAUGAAUUAACUACCAGAGAUUCCUGGCGGCAUGUGCCAACCGCCUUAAAUCCUGCGGACUUGGCCUCGCGAGGAGUCGAACCUGGCCAAUUGCCAGAACUGAAUUUAUGGUGGCAUGGCCCAUCCUUUUUAUUACAUGAUGAGAGUAGCUGGCCACAGAAUAUAGGUUCUAUAUAUACCAAUUUACCUGAAAGGAAAGAGCAGAGCGAUAACUCAAUAUUUGCCAUGAUUAAUAUUGAGCAAUCGCCCUUGAUAAGAUUUGAAAACUAUUCCAAGGCAAAUAAAUUAAAACGAAUUGUAGCAUACAUCUUUCGCUUUAUUCACAACUGUAAAAACCCUAAAACUAAAACAAAAGGAACCUUAACAUUAGAAGAAAUAAACAACGCAUUAACCUACUUAGUAAAACUAUCACAAAAUCAAACUUAUGCUACAGAAUUAACUACACUUUUACAGGGAAAGAAGCUUAAAACUAAAUCAUAUCUGUUGCAGUUAGCUGCAUUUGUUGACGGUGACAGCGUAAUUAGAGUAGGUGGUCGCUUACAAAAUGCCGAUUGCGAUUACGAAAAAAAGCACCCGAUCCUAUUGGACGGUAAGCAUCACUUCACACGGCUCUUGAUGGAAGGCGAACACCUACGUCUACUACAUGCUGGCCCUCAGUUGCUCCUUAGCUCCAUACGCGACGAAUUCUGGCCAGUAGGCGGUCGGGCGUUAGCGCGUAGCGUUGUUCAUAAAUGCGUAACAUGCGUACGACUUCGAGGUGAAGCUAUGAAGCCACUGAUGGGCAAUCUACCUGCAGAUAGGGUUACUUCGUUUUACCCCUUCCAGGUAUGCGGCCUUGAUUUUGCGGGACCCUUCAUGAUUUCCAGCAAAAAGGGAAAGGGUAACCGCAUAACAAAAUGCUAUUUAAACAUUUUUGUCUGCUUUGCAACUAAGGCCGUCCACCUGGAAGCAGUCAGCGAUCUUAGCACUAAUGCCUUCAUCCUAAGCUUACGUCGUUUUGUGGCUCGUAGAUGUAGACCGCAUACAAUUUAUUGCGACAAUGGCACUAACUUUGUUGGGGCAAAUAACGAAUUGGGUAGAAUGCUAAGAUCCGCUCAAAAUUCAGUUUAUGAGUUUGGCAAUGAGGAACACAUUAAAUUCAUUUUUUCUCCUCCCUACUCUCCUACUUUCGGUGGAAUUUGGGAAGCAGCUGUUAAAUCGGCCAAGUUCCACCUAAAGCGAAUUAUGGGUAACGCUAGUCUGACGUUUGAGGAGCUGAGCACGUUAUUUUCUCAAAUUGAGUCGAUCCUGAACAGCAGACCCCUCACUCCUUUCUCGUCAGACCCUACUGAUCUUUACCCUCUGACUCCAGGGCACUUUCUGGUGGGGAGACCCAUGACUUCACUGCCGUCACCCCCCGUUUGUCUUAAAAACCCUGAUAGGUACCAGAGGAUCGAGCAGCUGCGCCAGCAUUUCUGGCAAAGAUGGCGGAACGAAUACUUGGCCGAGUUGCAGCAACGUACCAAAUGGCGCCAGAGGCAGAAGGAGCUCAAGGUUGGAGACCUGGUGGUGUUCAAGGAGGAGAACACCCCACCACUCAAAUGGAGACUCGGGAGAGUCCUACACCUUUAUCCAGGAGCUGACGGAGUCUGCAGGGUUGCAGAUUUCACCACGCAGAAGGGCGUGGUCAGAAGAGCACUCAACCGAGUGUGCCCCCUCCCCUGCAUGAACGAUCUUGAAAGCAGCAGCUUUCAAGGGGGGCAGGUUGUUAACGCACCAGCGGUCAAACCAGUUCCCGAGGGGUGAGGGCCAAGGGGCAUGAUGACGUCACGACCGCGGCGAGCACUCACCGCGCAUACCACACACGGCUCUCGACUACCGUCUCAUAUGUACAUACCUACACAUACCUAAA